GAACAUUUCAACUACUACUCGGUGGACGCGGCCCUGGGGCACCUGGUUUUCUCGCUCAAGUACGACGUGAUCGGGGACCAGGAGCAUUUGCGCCUGCUCCUGCGAACUAAGAGCCGUUCCUAUCACGACGUCAUCCCCAUUUCCUGCCUGACGGAGUUCCCCAACGUGGUCCAGAUGGCCAAGCUGGUCUGUGAAGAUGUCAACGUGGACCGUUUCUACCCUGUCCUGUAUCCCAAGGCCUCCCGCCUGAUCGUCACCUUCGACGAACACGUCAUCAGCAAUAACUUCAAAUUUGGGGUGAUUUACCAGAAACUUGGCCAGACGUCAGAAGAGGAGCUGUUCAGCACCACGGAGGAAAGUCCGGCCUUUGUGGAGUUUCUGGACUUCCUGGGUGAAAAGGUGCAACUGCAGGACUUCAAGGGGUUCCGGGGCGGCCUGGAUGUGACCCAUGGCCAGACGGGCACCGAGUCCGUCUACUGCAACUUCCGGAACAAGGAGAUCAUGUUCCACAUCUCCACCAAGCUGCCCUACACCGAAGGGGACGCGCAGCAGCUCCAGCGGAAGCGCCACAUCGGCAACGACAUCGUGGCCAUUGUCUUCCAGGACGAGAACACCCCCUUCGUGCCGGACAUGAUCGCCUCCAACUUCCUGCACGCUUACGUGGUGGUGCAGGCCGAGAACGCCUGUUCGGACAAGACCCUCUACAAGGUCUCGGUCACGGCCCGGGAUGACGUCCCUUUCUUCGGUCCCCCGCUGCCCAACCCCGCCGUUUUCCAGAAGGGGCCGGACUUCCAGGCGUUCCUUUUGACCAAGCUGAUCAACGCGGAAUACGCCUGCUACAAAGCGGAGAAGUUUGCCAAACUGGAAGAGCGCACGCGGGCGGCUCUGCUGGAGACCCUCUACGAGGAGCUGCACCUCAACAGCCAGUCCAUGAUGGGUCUGGGGGCCGAGGAGGACAAGAUGGAGAACGGCGGAGGGGGCAGCAGCAGCUUCUUCGAAUCGUUCAAGCGGGUGAUCCGCAGCCGCAGCCAGUCGAUGGACGCCGUGGGCCUCAGCAGCAAGCGGCAAAACACCGUCACCACCAGCCAGAGCGGCAGUUUUGGGCACCACAGCCCGGACAUCGCCAAAGCCACGGGCCUAUCAUUGCUUGUGCCCGGAAAAACGUCAAGUAGGUACGGACGCCGAGGCAGCGCGAUAGGCAUAGGAACCAUCGAAGAG